UUUGAUAUAGACAAAGAAGCAGGGGAAAGGCAGAUAUACCACAGAUACUGCAUGGAACGGGCCUCGGUGCAUUGUGCACAUGUGUUCACCACGGUCUCUCAGAUAACAGCCAUAGAAGCGGACCACAUGUUGAAGAGAGCAACUGAUGUUGUCACGCCCAACGGCCUCAACAUUAAAAAAUUCUCGGCGAUGCAUGAAUUUCAGAAUUUGCAUGCCACCUAUAAAGCCAGGAUCCAAGAGUUCGUUCGAGGUCACUUCUACGGCCAUCUCGAUUUCAACCUUGAAAAGACUUUGUUUUUCUUCAUUGCCGGGAGAUACGAGUUUUCGAACAAAGGAGCGGACAUGUUUUUAGAGGCCUUGUCGAGAUUAAAUUUCCUGCUCAGGGUGCACAGGAGUGAUGUCACAGUUGUUGUGUUCUUUAUAAUGCCGGCAAACACCAACAAUUUCAACGUGGAGACGUUGAAAGGCCAGGCAGUCCGGAAACAGCUCUG